GGACUGCACCUGAACUCAUCCUCAGAGGACUUGGUGGAGGAGCGCUCCUUUGGCUGCUCGGAGGUUGCUUUGCCUGGACGUGGAAGGCUUUGUGAGCCAUGGACUCCUAUGUGAUCCAGACCAAUGUUAAUGACAGCCUGCCUUCAGUUCUGGAUGUCCGCGUCAAUAUUGGUGGGAGAAGCUCGGUGCAAGGGAGAAUGAAGGGCAGGAAGGCCAGGUGGAACGUGAGGCCCUCCGACAUGUCCAAUAAAACCUUCAAUCCCAUCCGAGCCAUCGUGGACAACAUGAAGGUGAAGCCGAAUCCGAACAAAACCGUGAUCUCUCUGUCAAUUGGGGACCCUACUGUGUUUGGGAACCUGCCUACAGACCCUGAAGUGACCCAAGCCAUGAAGGAUGCCCUGGACUCGGGGAAGUACAAUGGCUAUGCCCCAUCUAUUGGCUACCUAUCCAGUCGAGAGGAGGUCGCUUCCUAUUACCACUGUCCUGAGGCUCCUCUGGAAGCUAAGGACGUCAUUCUGACAAGUGGCUGCAGUCAGGCCAUUGAGCUGUGUCUAGCUGUGUUGGCCAAUCCUGGACAAAACAUCCUCAUCCCGAGGCCUGGGUUUUCCCUCUACAGGACAUUGGCCGAGUCUAUGGGGAUUGAGGUCAAGCUCUACAAUCUAUUGCCUGAGAAGUCUUGGGAAAUUGAUCUAAAACAACUGGAAUCUCUGAUCGACGAAAAAACAGCUUGUCUCGUGGUCAACAACCCGUCCAAUCCCUGUGGCUCCGUGUUCAGCAAGCGGCACCUUCAGAAGAUUUUGGCAGUGGCUGAAAGGCAAUGCGUCCCCAUCUUAGCCGAUGAGAUCUAUGGUGACAUGGUGUUUUCAGAUUGCAAAUAUGAACCAAUGGCCACCCUCAGCACCAAUGUCCCCAUCCUGUCCUGCGGUGGGCUGGCCAAGCGCUGGCUGGUUCCUGGCUGGAGGCUGGGCUGGAUCCUCAUUCACGAUCGAAGAGACAUUUUUGGCAAUGAGAUUCGCGACGGGCUGGUGAAGCUGAGCCAGCGGAUCCUGGGCCCGUGCACCAUCGUCCAAGGUGCCCUGAAGAGCAUCCUUCAGCGUACCCCUCAGGAGUUCUACCAGGACACUUUAAGCUUCCUUAAGUCCAAUGCGGACCUCUGCUAUGGGUUGUUGUCUGCCAUUCCUGGACUCCAGCCAGUCCGUCCAUCUGGAGCCAUGUACCUUAUGGUGGGAAUUGAGAUGGAGCACUUCCCAGAGUUUGAGAAUGACGUGGAAUUCACAGAGCGGUUAAUUGCGGAGCAGGCUGUCCACUGCCUCCCGGCCACGUGCUUCGAGUACCCAAAUUUCUUCCGGGUGGUCAUCACAGUCCCCGAGGUGAUGAUGCUGGAGGCUUGUAGCCGCAUCCAGGAGUUCUGUGAACAGCACUACCACUGUGCUGAAGGCAGCCAGGAGGAGUGUGACAAAUAGGCCCUCACACAUCCUCCUGAAGACGUGUCCCACGCCAGGAGGGCUGGGCUGGGCUGCUCCUCCUCAGGAAGACAGAUGUCCCUUCUGGGAGAGGGACCUUCAAAGCACCGCAUCAAGACUUGAGGAUUAUUUCUUCUUCCCCCAGUCACAUCCAACACAUGCCUGGAACCCCAGAUUCUCCCCUUACUCGGCUCUGCAGGGGUGACUCAUGAGACCAUUACCCCCAUCUACACACUCACACACACACUUGCACACACGUAUGCACGCACGCACCGUAUACUUCCUUAUCCUGAGAGUACCAGGUGAAUAGUUUACCAGAAGGAAGCCGGGACCAGAAAAGCUACAGCUCAGGAUGAGAGAAGCAGAAGGCAGAGGUUGCCUCCCCCACCAUUUCCUUGAGCUGACACAGGAGCGUCCUCUUCAGUCAGGUCGGAAGUCGCCUCAGUUCCUGUCUCACUUCAGGAAUACCUCACGCCCUGCGGUAGAGCUACAUAACCAGAGAGAAGUUGAGGACUUGUGAAUUUGGUUAAUUGUAUUCUAAGUGCAUUAGGAAACUUGAUAUUUAAAGGAUCCCUGAUAGAAUUUUUUUUGUAAAAAUAUUAUUUUGCAGUGCAAAUAAAUACCAGCUUCCUAAACCGAUUAGAUCUGCUUGCAUCAGGUUUUCUUAAAAUAGGAGCACACCUCAUUGAAGGAGAAAGAAGGGACAGGAGGCCUCUCCAGAGACAUUGCUGUGGACGGGACAGCAUCUUCCUCCUCGUCUUCUUGUAGAAUCAUCGCCAAUUUUGCUGUCAUGUGAAUAUUGAUUUAUUAAUAUUUGUAAUAUUAUCUUUUCAUAUAUUUUCUAAGGAACAUUUAUAUUAUAAGAUCUUUUAUUUUGUCAAGGGUAUAAAUUAUUAUUUUUUUCUUUCUUCUUUUUUAAAAAUAAAAUUUUAUCAAGUAUG